CGGCUGAGUUUGUGUGUCCCGGUCUGAUGUUAGAAUCUUCAGCCAUCUUGACCUCAACUGGCCAAUCGGCUUUCCUCUUCUGGGCCAGCGAUCCAAUCAGAACACAGAAGAACGUCACAAAGACGACUGUGUCACCAGGUGUCGCCGCAGCUCAGCCGCUCAUCAGAAAACUUUUCCUGCUUCACCCUGCGUAUCCCAGAAUCCUCCUGGAGCUCCACAGCACCACGGACACGGCGGUCACCUCUGCAGUGAGUUACCACGGAAACCAGAAAGACGCUUUCUACAUCACCGUGUCGUCUCGGCCCACGCCCGGCUCGGAGCCCGGCGCUCAGAUCGUCAAGAGCUUGGGCCUCAGAGCCGCCGUCGCCAAAGGACAAAUCGUCAGGUUAGGAGAGAGCGGCAAGCCGGGAGACGCCGUCAAACCCGGAGCGUACGAGGUCAACAAGUUCUUCAGGCGUCUGACCUUCAGACAGCAGUUAUGAGCCAGCACUGCCACCACGGUACAACUGGAAGGACCCGAGUGGGAUAGAAACGGACUGAAGUGGGAGAUUUCUCUGCACUAAGGACACUCAGGGUCGGAUUCACUAAGACUGGAUGUCGGCCGCUCUUAUCUUUAUUAUUUGUUCAUCAUGUUCUCCCUCUAUCGGCUCCGUCUCAAGGUCCGACUCACUAAGCAUAGACCUCUGAUGAUAUUCAAAAAGUGUUGCUUUUGUUUAGUCUGAAUGUGAAGAGAAACUAUCUGCACCUUUCCUUUGAUGGAGCUGCUCUCUGAUGGAGCUGCUCUCUGAUGGAGCUGCUCUCUGAUGGAGCUGCUCUCUG